AUGAAAAAAUUAUUAAUAGUCUCCGGUCUCGCUGGGUCAUAAAAAUAAGAAAUUGUCCAAGUCUUAAGCAAAUAGAUGAACACUAAGGUCAUCCCUGCUGAUUCUUUGCAAGUCUAUAAAAAUUGGCCAAUAUCCACCCAUUGGCCAAAGGAUCUAUCAAAUUAUGAAUUGGUAGGCAAGUACGAUGGAUUAACCAAUUUCAUUACUAGCUUCUAAUUUAAGAAGGAAGUCUUGAAACUCCUUCAAAAUAUUGAUAAUCCCAUUAUUGAGGGAGGAUGUUGCUUCUUUAUUAAUUAAGUAUUAAAAUCGAGACAUGAAUAAUUCACCGAAGAAGAAAUUCAGAUGGCUGAUCAAAAGGCUCAAUAAAUCCUCCUCGAUUGUUCUGAUCCUCAAACUCUCUUGAAGCAACUGUGUAACAAAUAUAACGAAUCUCCACCAAUUACAGAUAAAUAUCGUUUGAUAAAAGCAAUCCGCUUUGCUCUGCUUACGAAUGGUAAACAAUAUCAGUCGUCAUUUAAACAUGAUGAACCUAAAUUAUGUGAAAUUCUGGAUGUUAGAGGGUUCUUUCUUAGUGAACCCCAAGAAAACAUAUGUUAAAUAAUUUAUGAAAGGUGCAAUGAAAUGAUUUAAUAAGGAAUUUUGAAGGAAUUUUAUACAUUUUAUAAAAUAAAGCAAAUUGGCAACCUUAGUUAGUUAAGAUUUUGUACACCUAUAGGGUAUGAUCUCUUUGUGGAGUUGAUUGGCCACUUCACUGCGAUUAAUGCGAAUCCCAAUUACUCUCAAUCAAGAAAGGAAAGUUUAAAGAGACAAAGAGUUAAAAGUUUCAUAGAGAAUUUCUAUAUUAAAUGGAGAUAAUAUACAUCCUAUUAGAGAAGGUACGUUAGAUCAAAUUUCAAUGAAUUCAUGUGGAUAGAUAAUCGGCUUAGUAAUGUAACAGAGUUGAUAUCUUAAUACUCUUCAUGUGAGAGACGAGAUUACACUAGUUAGUUAAGUUGUAUUGACAGCAUGGCUUUGAAGAUAGACAAGCAUCCUGAAUCAAUGGGGAGGUAAAUGAGAAUUGAACCCUCAUCAGAAAUAUAAGAAUUGGUGUUUUAGACUAUGUAAACUAUGAUUUGA